UUUGUUCAUAUCCAUCCUUGAAGAGAGAAAAAGAUGGGUCGAGCUCCAUGUUGUGACAAGGCAAACGUGAAGAAAGGACCAUGGUCUCCUGAAGAAGAUGCUAAGCUCAAAGCCUAUAUUGAUCAGCAUGGAACUGGAGGCAACUGGAUUGCUCUUCCUCAAAAAGUUGGACUUAAGAGAUGUGGAAAGAGUUGCAGAUUGAGAUGGUUGAAUUACUUGAGGCCCAACAUCAAGCAUGGUGGAUUCUCUGAAGAAGAAGACAACAUCAUCUGCAGCCUCUAUAUUAGUAUUGGCAGCAGGUGGUCCAUUAUUGCAGCCCAACUGCCUGGAAGGACAGAUAAUGACAUCAAGAACUACUGGAACACUAGAUUGAAGAAGAAAUUACUCGGAAGGCGCAAACAGUCUAACAUGAAUAAUAUGUCAUCCAUGGGUGGUGAGACUAAAGAUGCAAAUGGCCAAGAAGAUGAUUCAUAUUCACCAGGAUUAAGCAGCUCGGCUUUUGAAAGACUUCAACUUCAUAUGCAACUUCAAAGCCUUCAAAACCCUCUCUCUUUCUACAACAAUCCUGCUCUGUGGCCAAAGUUGCAUCCCUUGCAAGAAAAAAUGAUCCAAAACCUGCAAUCUUUAAAUGAGUUUCCUAAUACCCCUCUCAUGGAACAUGCCUUGCCUAGUCCUCAACCUGUGCAAGGACAAAAGGUUGGCUUUUAUGAAUCACCAACUGCUGCUAAAGUAAAUGAAUUGAAGUCUUUACAUGGUAUAUCAUCCUCAGACAACUCAGUUGCCUUCAUCAAUGAGAACAACUCAAUGGACUCCACUCAUGUUCCGAAAGCAAAAGGUAUAGAACAGUCUAAUGCAGGAAUUCAAGCUUCGGUGUUUCAAGCUGAAAUAGAUAACUUUCUUAAUACCAAAACCGUGGAUUUCGUACCACAGGAAGAUCAGAUGGCUGAAUUUGAUUGUUUCAAAGAAAUGAAUGUUUCAAAGGAUGGCGUGCUUUGGUGGUCGACGAAUGACUUCGACGCAAGAUCAGCAUCCUUAAACGCUUGGGAAUCCACUUCUGUUCUUCGCCCUCAGCAGAUAUUUCAAGAGUAUGAACUAGGUUACAAUCUGUAGUGUGAAACAUAGCAAGGGGGGCUAGUUAUGGUUUGUGAUGAUCAUAAAACCAUGAAAGACAGGAGAAUCUGAUAACACAUUUUGUAAAUUGUGUGCAUAAUAAUGUUGAUGUCCUUCUCAAUGUCUUGCCAAUUAUAAACUGUGCUGUGGCACUAGCUAAUUAAUGAA